CGUUAGUCUUCAAGUCAUAUUGCACUUGUAUAUCGGUGAAGUACAUCGACGUAACUUUUCAUGAAGUCAAAUAAUGCAGACAAGUUUGCUUGGUCUAUGUGAGUUUAGAGUGAAAUUGUGCCAAUAAUCCCGGGGCUUUCUAACCUCACGAAGUCUCAGUGAGUCAGCGUACGUCAAAAUGCAACUUCAACAGCAUCUUCACGAAUACAUCAGUCUGGGGUGUGGCAUCAGUUGAUGCCAUCAAGUCACAUCUGGCUGCAUCAACCGUGACCCCAUCGCACGAUUCGCACUCAGGCUGUACUUACUUGAAUCCGCAGCAGCCAAUCUCUAGACGCUGGAGUCGAUGCGAGAACCGAUGCCCUGUUAUAGAGGCGCCACACACGACACAAUAUCCUCUUAAUCUACAAUCAAAGAAGAUCCGGCGAUAUCCCUUCUAACCAUACCAUACAGUAUGUCACCAUCCAAGAAGGUCGUCGUCGUAGGCGGGCACGGCAAGGUCGCACUCCGCCUCACCGCGCUCCUCACCGCAGCCGCGCACCGCGUCACAUCGAUCAUCCGCACCGCGGCCCACGCAGGCGCCGUCCAAGCCGCAGGCGCGACGCCGCGCGUCCUCUCGCUCGAGGACUCCCCCACGGCCGACUUCACGGAAGCGUUCCGCGGCGCCGACGUGGUGUACUUCAGUGCGGGCGCGGGCGGGAGGGGCGGCGAGGCGCGCACGAAGGCGGUCGACUUCGACGGGGCGGUGAAGGUGUUUGACGCGCUUGAGGCGGGGGAGGAGCCCCGCCCGCGGCUCGUCCUGGUAUCAUGCAUGGACGUCCGGGACCCGGAAAAGGUGCCGGAGCACUACACUGAGGAGGACCUGGCUGUUUCGCGCCAGAUCCGGGCGAGCAUCGGUGUGUAUCUCAAGUGGAAGUACGAAGCCGACAAAGAUCUCGCGCGACGCACCGCGUUCCGGUGGACCAUGCUGCGCCCUGGUGGACUCACAGAUGAGCCCGGCACGGGCGCGGCUUCGAUCGGCCGCACGCAUUUGACGACCAGGAUCUCGCGCGAUGACGUCGCGAUGGCUUUGUUUCUGCUCCUCGAUCGCGAAGGCGCUGCAGGUCUGGGAAUCGACUUCGUCGGCGGUGAAACCCCGAUUGCGGAAGGCUUGGACGUGGUCAUUCGGAAGGGCGAGUCCGACUUUCUGGGCUGA